CCCAGCGCCAGUUUAGAUCCGAACGCAAACGUGACUGGCAGCACCAACAAGCGGCCAGCCAGUAGUAGCGACACGGUACACGGUACAGGUUGCAGCACCAGAGAUCGAUCUACAAUCAACUGCCAAUUCCGGUGGACCAAAGCCCCAGGCAGUACGACACGCGCUGCGAUCAAAUACUUUGCCCCGUUUUGAUUUGGUCCGUGCGGAGCCCAGGCACUAGUCUCGCUCACCGUCCAUCGCCUUUGACCAACGUUCCCGGUGGUGCACUGGCACAGCAGGCCGUAAGCUGGGUGUGUGUUUGUGUGAGGCCUAGUCUAGCGUUCGAUGGACGCGCGAAUUUCUACAGGAUCUCGGAAGUAGUUUAGCGGUUUAGCGAGGUGAAAGCGAGUGGCUGGUAGUGUUUGUGUUUUGUGUGUGCGUGCUUGUGUGUAAGUGGCUUUGAGUGGCCCAAAACCGGAAAUAGUACGCGUUCAGCUGAGGUAAAGUCGGCGUGUGUUUAGCCACCCGUGUAAACCCUUCCCAGAGACCGACUGUGAACAGCGGCAGCGACUCCCAGGGGACCAUCAUGCGUGCCCUCGCCGUGGCUUUUUUCGGAGCCGCCCUAUGUCUAGUGAAUGCCCAACAAAACAAGGAGGAGAAGGAGUUCAAGUGUCCCAUCGAGCAGGGCAACGGUAACUUCGCCGACCCGGUCACAUGCCGUCGAUUUUAUCAGUGCGUUGAUGGAUUUCCGUACCUAAAUCGCUGCCCAUCCGGUCUGUACUUCGAUGACAUCCAGAAGUACUGCACUUUCAAGGCGGAGGCAAAAUGUGGCCCACUAGCAGCAUCACCGACAGCGACCACCGAAUCUCCGAUCGAUCUGGCGAAAAAGUGUAACCCGGCGGAAUGCGAGCUGCCGUACUGUUACUGCAACAAGGAUGGCACCCUGAUCCCGAAAGGUCUCGACCCGGAAGAGACGCCGCAAAUCAUUCUGCUCACCUUCGACGGUGCCGUCAAUCUGAACAACUACGAACACUACCGGAAGGUGUUUAACGGCAAGCGAAAGAAUCCGAACGGUUGCGACAUCAAGGGUACCUUCUUCAUCUCGCACGAGUACAGCAACUACCAGCAAAUCCAGACGCUCGCCAACGACGGUCACGAAAUCGCGGUCGAAACGAUCUCCCUGCAGAUGGGUCUCCAGGACAAGGGUUACGAGGAGUGGGUCGGCGAGAUGAUCGGUAUGCGCUCGAUACUGAAACACUUCUCCAACGUGUCCGCCAACGAAAUCAACGGUAUGCGGGCACCGUUCCUGAAGCCGGGCCGCAACACCCAGUACAAGGUGAUCGAAGACUUUGGCUUCAUCUACGACAGCUCGGUCAGUGUGCCGCCCAGCCCGAUUCCGGUGUGGCCGUACACGCUCGAUUACAAGAUACCGCACGAGUGCAAGAGCGGUACCUGUCCGACGAAAUCGUUCCCGGGCAUCUGGGAGGUGCCACUGAACGCGCACUUUGUCGAGAGUUACGAGGGUGGCCACUGCCCGUACAUGGACCAGUGCGUGCUGCACAAUCACGACGCGGAGGAAGUGUUUGCCUGGCUGCAGGAAGACUUUGAGCGGUACUACUACCAGAACAAGGCACCGUACAUGAUGCCGUUCCACACGAACUGGUUCCAGAUUAAGGAGCUCGAGCGCGGUCUGCACAAGUUCCUCGACUGGACGCAAACGAUGCCAGACGUAUGGUUCGUCACGAUCACGCAGGCACUCACCUGGAUUACGGACCCGAAGACGAACAAGCAGCUCGGCGGGUACGAACCGUGGAACUGCAAGAGCAAAACCACCCAAACACCGAAACCGUGCAACCUGUCGAACAAGUGUGCGCUCGCGUUCAAGGAACCGACGUCCAACAUCAGCGAUACGCGCUACAUGGAGACCUGCUUCGACUGUCCAGCCGUCUAUCCUUGGUUGGGCGAUUCGCACGGUUCCGGCAUUCCCGGACGUGAUAACUACAUCGACCAGUCGGAGGGUGGUGGCGCUAGCGCUGGCCGCGAUCAGGGUGAUGAGGAGGAGCAGAAGUAAGGCCCGGUACGCGGCAGCGAUCCGGUCCAUCGCUUCCCUUCCAUCGCUAUCCCUAUUUUAGAUGUAACGGUUUUUCUUUAAAAAAAACAAAAUAAUAUUCGAGCUUGAACCGGAAGUGUAUUUUCCCUGCCGGUCGCGCAAAGGACAUGCACUGACUGGAACGCAACAAGCAGCUGUGUGUUUGUGUGUUUGUGUGGGCUGGAACAAUUGGCCUUCCAAGGUGUAGUACGUUCGUCAGUCAACCGUUCCUCUUUCGUAGCGUUUCCGGAACAUUGAGUUUCUCUUUGUAAUUACUCGGAUCAAGAGCACGCUGCAGAAACUCAUGGAACCGGCAAACGGGUGCGUCCUCGGAUAUUGAUGGUUGACUUCCGAUACAUAAGAACGUUAAAUAAACUCACACAAACAGGUGACGAUUGCGUGCGUUGUUAA